AUUCUCCUUGGAGGCCCGAUAUUACAAUCCCAGGUGAUCUGAAGGAGAAGGAGUCUGUCACUAUAACCUGCUCAGCUCUCACUCCCUGUCCACACUCUCCUCCUCAACUCACCUGGAAUCUCCAACAAGACUCUCACAACAAAAUAGAACAAAACACAGAUGGAAGCUCUACAACUAAAAUCCAGCAGAACAUCACUCUGUCAGACACACAUGAUGGAAAGAAGAUCAGCUGCUCUGCCAGAUAUCCUGUGAACCAAGGAAACGACACCAAGACAGCAGAGACAGAAGAGACUCUCAGUGUUUCAUAUGCUCCGAAAAACACCUCAGCAUCCAUCAGUCCAUCAGGUUUGGUGUCAGCAGGCAGCUGGGUGAAGCUGACCUGCUCCAGCAGAGCCAAACCAGUCAGCAGCUUCACCUGGUUCAAGAAGAGCAGAGAUGGAGCUGUGAAAGUAUCUGAAGGAGAGAUUUACAGCUUCAAUGUAACAGAUGGAGGAGUUUAUUACUGUGUGGCCACUAAUGAUCUGGGUAAUCAGACAUCAGCAGAGAUUCAUGUGACUGUUGGAGAUGAUCUGUUUGGUGUCUACACUGUCUUCAUUACGCUAGUGAAG